AUGGCAACGAGACGUGUUAUUCCCCAACAAGUUCGAGGUGAUGACGUGGCGGAAGCGAAGAACCGUCGCGCUCUUGGCGACAUCGGAAACAUCGCUUCUCUUCCCGGAAUCGAACCAGGAAAGAUUAAUCGCCCCUUGACCCGUAACUUCCGUGCACAAUUACUCGAAAACGCUAACAAAAAGCAGAUUAAUGUAGACAAGGCUGAGGUUGUAACCAAGAAACCUGUAAGGGAGGUUCAAAAGAAAGCACGAGGUGUUGUUGUUAAGCCGACAAAACCAGUUGAAGUGAUUGUGAUCAGUCCUGAUACUAACGAGGUUUCAAAAGCUAGAGACGAUAAGAAACACGAUGCCUCCAAGAAGAAAGUCACAUACACUUCGGUUCUCAAUGCUAGAAGCAAGGCUGCUUCCAAGACUCUUGAUAUUGACUCUGUAGACAAAGACAACGACCUUGCUGCUGUUGAGUACGUUGAGGACAUGUACUCUUUCUACAAAGAAGUUGAGAAUGAGAGUAAGCCUCAGAUGUAUAUGCAAACACAGCCUGAGAUUAACGAGAAGAUGAGAUCAAUUCUUGUAGACUGGCUUGUAGACGUACACGCCAAGUUUGAUCUCUCCCCUGAGACUCUUUACCUAACCAUCAACAUAAUCGACCGUUUCCUGUCAAUGAAAGUUAUCCCGAGAAGAGAGCUACAGCUUCUAGGUGUUAGUGCUUUGCUCAUAGCCUCCAAAUACGAAGAGAUUUGGCCUCCUCAGGUCAAUGAUUUGGUAUAUGUCACAGACAACUCGUACCAAAGCAAGCAGAUUCUAGUGAUGGAGAAGACCAUAUUGGGAAACUUGGAAUGGUACUUGACAGUUCCGACACAGUACGUGUUCCUUGCUAGGUUCAUCAAAGCUGCUGUUCCUGACCCGGAGAUGGAGAACAUGGUUCACUUCUUAGCCGAGUUGGGUCUGAUGCAUUACGAUACUUUGAAGUUCUGUCCUUCUUUGCUGGCUGCUUCAGCAGUGUACACUGCGAGGUGUUUCUUGAGCAAGACCCCGGUUUGGACUGAGACUCUGGAAUUUCACACGGGAUACUCUGAACAUGAGCUCAGGGAGUGCUCGAAGCUUUUAGUUUACAUUCACUCGAGAGUUGGGGAGAGCAAGUUGCGAGCUGUGUUCAAGAAGUAUUCGAAAGCUGAAAGAUGUGCUGUUGCUUCAGCCAAGAAGUCUUCUGCCUCCUCCUGCUCCUUGGAGAUGUCUUGA